CGGAAAAUCGCAACAAGGACGCGUCUGUACGCGGCCACGUCAUGUAAACCAAACGGGGAAGGAGUGCGUACCACAGGGUAACGUUAACUGAACCAAAAUAGAAGACUGAAGCAGCAUUUCUGCCUUGUGUUCACAGACUCGUUUUCCUAACCCGCAUCGGCGGAGAACCCACAGAGAAUCUCCAGGCUUUCUAAUCAUAUGGCAAGAUGUCAGAUAUCGGGGACUGGUUUAAAAACAUCCCUUUCAUCACUCGUUACUGGUUUGCUGCCUCAAUUGCAGUGCCGCUAAUAGGAAAACUGGGAUUAAUCAGUCCUAUGUACCUUGUGUUAUGGCCGGAGGCUUUCUUUCAUAAAUUCCAGAUAUGGAGACCGAUAUCUGCAACGUUCUAUUUCCCAGUUGGCCCAGGGACAGGUUUUCUAUACCUGGUUAAUUUGUAUUUCCUCUACCAGUACUCCACGAGGCUUGAAACAGGAGCUUUUGAUGGAAGACCAGCAGACUACAUGUUCAUGCUUCUAUUCAACUGGAUUUGUAUUGUUGUAACAGGUCUAAUGAUGGACAUGCAGCUCCUGAUGAUCCCCUUGAUCAUGUCUGUUCUGUACGUUUGGGCUCAGCUAAAUCGUGACAUGAUUGUAUCUUUCUGGUUCGGCACCAGAUUCAAGGCUUGUUAUCUUCCUUGGGUCAUUCUGGGAUUCAACUAUAUCAUCGGUGGCUCCAUUGUCAACGAGCUGAUUGGGAACUUAGUUGGCCACCUUUACUUCUUUCUGAUGUUUAAAUACCCCAUGGACCUGGGUGGCAGGUCCUUCCUCUCCACCCCACAGUUCCUGUACCAGAUGUUCCCAAAUCGACGAGGUGGGGUGUCUGGAUUCGGCGUUCCUCCAAGCAGGAGACCUGUGCCCCAAGAGCAGCCAGGAGGCGGAGGUGGGCGCCAUAACUGGGGUCAAGGCUUUCGGCUGGGGGAUGACUGAUGCCUUUGACUCUUGCAUCAAUGGAUAAAUUCAGAAACUUCUAACAUCAAUGCUGCAGAAUAUGGAUUUUAUGUUUUGGGUUUGUGUUGCAUUUCUUCUGACCCACAAGGAAAAGUGACGGGGCUCCUUUCCAGCGUUACGUAUUUUCCUAUUACUCUCAAUGUCAUAUCACACUGUUAUUGAGUUUCACAGUGUGUACAGAAACUCUGCAAGAAAUAUGUACAGUAGCAGAGUUGCCGUAAUUGUAGAAAAUUCAGGGGACUUUGAUGGUGUUUCCCAUAAUAUGACCGCAUCGUUCAGUGUAUUCAUGUUACUUGCUCACAAUCAAAUGUAGCUGAUUAAUUUCGCCAUGAAAUGUUCAGUGUAGAUUGUUAGCAUGGUUGUUUGGGAAUGGUCAUGGACUUUAAAUCUAGAAAGUUUUUUUUUCUUUAUCACCUCAUUUGUCUAAAUUAGGUUAAAUUUAUUGUAAUUUUUCUUAAUUAACUGAAUUAACAAUCAGAACAUGCACAUGAAAGUGCUGUGCAUUUUUCAGUCUGUUUUAUACAUGUAUGGAUAUUUCCAUCUGUUUGUUUUAUAGGUUUAGAUGCCUUGAGUAUAGUUUAUCAAUCAAACCAUUUACAGUAAAACUGCCAUGAACUUUUCACACAUUACUGAUGAUUAAACUGUUAACAUUUAUCUUGUGAUACAUACUCAUGCUAUCUAAAAAUGUUCUGACAGGAACAGAUAAAGUUUUAUAAUUAUUUGUACACUGGAAGUUAUAUUUAUCACUUUCAGUGCUAUCAUUUUUUAUUUAGUAUGCACUAAAUGACAUUGAUUUGAUAUUAUGUCCCUCAACACGUUGUUUGGAUAAAGGUGCUUUGCAAAAGAUACAGUUAUGUGCAUAUGGUAUAUAAUAGUGAUACGGUCACAUCAAAGUUAUACAAAGUGACCUCUUGCCAAAAUCCUUGUCAGGUUACUACUGUUCUGAACCACAAUCUUUACUGAAAUGUUCAGAUUACAUUUCAUUGAGUGCUUUUUCAGUUGCCGAUGCUACAAAUAAACUGUAAACGGCAACUGUGCUCUAAUUUGAGUACAUUGAUUUCACAGUGUCUUGAGGGACAUGCACUGGAGACAGGCGCGUUAAAGUUACAUUUAAAUUUUGCAGCAUCCUGAACAGCAAUUUACUGUAAGAAAAUUAGCAGCUCCUAAUGAAACUGGGCUCUGUUUUCUGAAAUUCUACUUUGGCCAUGCUACUGUCGUGUAAACAAUGAGACUCGGAACAGGUUAUCAGUCAGUUGUUUUUUAUUGAAUUACAGCAGACUGGUUCUUAUAAAGAGCAAGCAGGAUUCUUGGUAGCAGUACAGUAGUCCUGAUACAUGUCUGAACAUGACACUAAAGCAGCUGCAGGAAAAAGAAAUACACAAGCGCGCUGAAAGCAGUUCACAGCCAAGUAGUGGAAAAAUUACAGUUACUGUAAUAUUGUCAGAAAUUAGCCUAUAACUACAAAUAAACAUGUGCUGUGCAUCUCUG